AUGUUGCUGAGUGAGCGCAUAGUUGCAUCUCCGCAGAGGGAAACGGCAAUGGACCGCCUCUUGAGUUCUCUCGACGAUCAAGGGAUGAAUAUGGAACAACAGGCCAAGGAUGAGAAGGAAGGAACGGCGCCAGUGCCAAAAGUGGCGCGACUUCUGCGCGAUGGCCAAGGAAAGUUCAUGUACAUCGGGGACUCGGCCAGUCUCUCAUUUUUGCAAAGUGUGCGCCGUGUGGUUAUGUCUUCCAUUGGCCGAUGCGAGUUCACUGAAGACAAUUCCCGGCAUUCUAUGCUCGAGGCCUUUCAAAGCAACCCAAACACCCAAUCUGGACCUCUAGUUACUCCGCCAAACAACGAAGAAGCCCAAAGACUAGCUAGUCAGUUUGUGCUUGCCACAAGCCCAUUGCUAGACCCAUUUGACCUGGAGGAGUUCCGCCCACGACUAGCUAAUUGGGUUGCAAACCCAUUAGGGGACGAAGAUACCGUUAGCUCUAUAUUUUAUCUUGUCCUUGCCAUCGGAGCUCAAGUCUCCGAUACUGAUCAAACAACAGCCGAGCAAUAUUUUGGCAGUGGUCGUCAAUUAGCGUUCUCGGCCUUCCAGGAGACUCCCAGCAUCCACACCAUUCAAUCAUACAUUCUGAUCUCUAUGUACAUGCUUGGUGCGUGCAGGCGUAAUGGUGCAUUCAUGAACCUUGGGAUUGCUUUACGUGCUGCUUAUGCCGUAGGGAUUCAUCGCAAGGAUGCAAAUGCCCUCUUUUGUGGGCGUGAACGUCGAGCGAGAGAGCGAGUUUGGAAGAGUCUCCGGAUGAUGGAUCUAUUUCUCAGCGCCUCCCUAGGGCGUCCCCCUGCAACUUCAGACUAUGAUUAUGACAAACGUGACGAUAAUCCUGUAUCAGAAGCCCCGCAACAUCAUUUGAGCCCGGAUCAGCAACUCUCCGGGGCUGUGAUCUCACUUUGUCGAAUAUUUGAACAAAUUCUGACCGAUGUCUAUAUGAAGCAAGUCAUAUCCAUCAAUGUUGCAGAGAAUAUCUCGAACCAACAUCGGGCUUGGGUUCGAACUCUGCCAGCAAUCCUCAAAAUGUCGACUGAGCGGCCCGAGAAUCAAUCGACAGAAAGGAGUCUGGCUGCAGCUCAUAUCUUUGGCUCGUAUUACUGGUCAAUCAUCCUAUUGACACGACCAUUCCUCAUCUAUCGCGUCGCCCAAUAUGUCAAGGGCAAAGCUGAUCCAUCCUCUGAGACUCGAAACGGUAGCUCGCGCAUUGCGCUGUUUGCCGACGCUUGUGUCUAUUCCGCACUUCGAGGGCUGGACGUGGUCGAUGACCUCAGCCAUUGUGUCUCCCUUCCACUUCGAUUACCAUUCUUGAUUAACUCCGUAUUCAACUCCGUCAUUGUUCUCGGCGCUGCAUUCUUCGCCGAUUACGAUAAUCUCCUUCCGCUAGAAGAAGGAAUCAGCAAAGCCGAACGGUUCUUAGGGCUGUUCGUUCCGCACGAUCCCCACGCAUGCCGCUUCUUCCAGAUUAUCAAAUAUCUCCGUGGUGCUAUAGCGGAAUACGUUUCCCGACGAAAUCGACAAUGGAUGAACCGACGGAGCAAACAGGUAGAUCAACUGUUCGGUCAAGUGGGAAGUAGCGAUGAUGUUCCUUUCACCCGCCGGAGUGAUGCUCAAUCAGUUCCAUCUGCAUCUGCAACGGGGCCAUCCCCUACCUCCCUCGGAAUAGUCUCUAGUGAAACUCCUCCGUAUCUCCACUCCCAACCACCCCCUCAAUCCCAACUUCCCGUCGAGAACGAUGUUUGGGAAGCCCUGUGUAAUGGGCCAGUUGCGACGGGAGGGUUGUCUUACGAUACCGCUAUCUCUGCUUUAACCACCUCUGGGAUCCCAGUGGGCUGCUCUCCUGGUGGGACGAUCCCCCCCGGUCUUCCAUCAGUUUCCGGUCCAUCUCCGCUCUCUGACGUGAUUUUUCCGGAGAAUGGCCUACUUUAUAUGGCCGAGGAUCUUUCAGUAUUUGGGAUUUGGGGAGAAGACCCAUGA